AUGGAAAUCAAAGCACAUAAGAGCCAGGAUACGUUUCCCGAAUCCACCACGUGUCUGAGCACGCUAGUGUUUGACGUCCUGAAGGCUCUGCUUAAACUGUCGUUUACUGUAGGCGGCGGUGCAGAUCGCAUCCGUUACACUGCUGACGGCCGUCUGGUCAACACCUUUACCAUAAAGCGGGUUUCAUCUGAGGACCUCCGUCAGGUUGGCGUCUAUCGUGAGGACACGGGUGUUGUGUGGUCACCUGGCGAGGUUUGGGGAGCUGACUCUGGUGUCCAUGGCCGCGAGGGAAGAACUUUGGGAUUGGUGGCGCCUGAGGAUGGAGAGGAGAACUCUAGUGGUGUCCAGGCUGUCCUGCUUACUCAUGAGGACUAUGUUGGCCGAACGUGGGCAUUCUCUGUAUUAGUACUAGCAUGUGUGGGUGUGAUGGCAGCCUUGUAUGUGGCUGUGUAUGUCGCCUUAAGGGUGUGUGAUGGGACACUCACUGGACCUCAGGUUUUGGGUGCUGUUCUUCUAAUUGGAGUUAUGGGUACAUAUGCAUCUUGUGUAGUCUACGUUCUGCCCCCAAUGCCCAUCACUUGUGCUGUGCGAGAAUGGGCACCACCCAUGUGUCUGGCACUGUGUUAUGGCAUUCUUCUGGUGAAAUCUAUGCAUCUUCGGGCUCUUGUGUCUGUUGGCCUGGGAGGAGAGGUCUCUCAAGUGAAUCUGCAUGUGUCCCUGCUGUUCAUCAUGGGUGUACAAGGAUCGCUAUGUGUGCUGGGUCAUGCUGGUGGACAAGGAGCAGGAGAGGAACCUCUAGUUAAGAUAGGACUAGACGGUGAGCGUCACUGUGGAGAGAACCGCGUGGCCACACUUUCAACUCGAAUUUAUUUGAUUGUUCUGCUCUUAAUCACUCUUGUUCUUGGGACCCUGAACCGCAAAAUCCAUAGAAAUCACAAUGAGGGCCAAUGGUUAUUGUUAACAUCAUGUGUAUCAGCUCCUGUUGUUGGUGUGUGGACUGUGAUGAGCUACAUGGCUCCAGCCCCAAUGGAAGCACCCACCACCAGUGUGGCUCUCCUAGCUCUCGCCUCAAUUAUCUUAGGCCUUGUGUUCAUACCUAAGAUGAGGAUCAUUGCUCGUCAGGCUAAGGAAUUCAGACACAAACAGUUAGCUGCCGCCAACUCUGUAUCAACAAUUUUUACCCAAAUGGAUGGUGGUCCAUUGGGUGGAAUUCCUCCUCUACAAGAUGGGUUGAAACCUCCAAAGGGAGACAGUCCUAGAUUACACCAAAAGGAUACUGUAGGAUCCACAAGGUCAUCUUUGGCAUCACAGCAGAGCUACAGGGCUGCUUUCAAUGCUGCCUAUGGAAUUCCGCAAGAGUCGCCCCUCAACACUCCUCGUCAUGUCAUGAGAAACCCCAUUUACGAUGCAUCUCAUGGUGCUUACCCGUGAAUGGCAAAGGGAAAAAUUACAAAGUCUUUACUCAUGAUGUUGAAGUACACAGGUCUUACUUAUUAUUAUUAUUAUUAUUUUUUUUAACUCUUAUUAAAGCAUUCUUGAUGUAUUGUAAGAGAAAAAGUGCCUAGGGAACUGCUUAGUACAAACAAUUGCCAGUAUUGGAACUUAACAGUGGCAAAAUUUUUGAAAUGAGGGAAAGGUGUUGGAAACUUCAAGUGUUUUCUCAGUCCAUAUUGUGAUUGAGCACAGGUGUUUGCUUUUUUAUUAUUAUUGUUAUUAAUAUAAUUAUUAAAAUUCACAGACUGUAUGGCUAAAAAUUUUGCUUUUAUUUUUGUAUUUAGUUGUUUCCUAGAGUGAAAGGUAUUCUUUAAUUUUUUUUUAUUUUUUGUGUGUUAUAUAUGGAGAGAAAAUGGAUACUGAUGUACACAGUAUUUUAUAUAUACAACUCAGAUUAUGUUUGGGCUUUAUAAAUAUGACAAUAGUGCAAAGACUGUGUAUUCUGACAAGCACUAGCAACUACCAAAGUCAUAGUUUUAAUCAUAUUAUGCAUUUUAUGCUUUUUAUUUUACAAUUCAUAAACUGUAAAGUAUAAUAAUAUGUUAAUCCUUCAGAAGGCAUUGACUGAAUUUUGCUUUGCAUUUUUGUGUAUAGUUUUCCCCUUAUUAAUAAAUGAUGCACAUAUGCACAAAUUCAAAUGACACUGAUUUCCAAAGUGAAUUUAUUUUAAGUUUGAGUGGGUAUAUCCCUUUUUUCAAUGUAUAAGUCAGCAGUAUUCUCCUUUCAGAGUAUAGGAGAAUCAGUUGCUAAAUAGGAAUUUAGCAAUAAUUAUUUUUUAUAUGGCUUUGCAAAACUUUUGGCCUAAUUUGAGCUUUAAUUUUGUUAAGAUAAUGAUUAUGUACAGUGUUCAGUUUUUAGGCCACGACGUCAGUUUCACGGUGACUAGUUUUAGAAGUGUGAAUCUUCUCUUUAGGACUUAUAGUAUUUUUAGCUGUAUCUAGUCUGGUUCUUGUUCUGCAGUUAAGUAGAAGAAUCUCUCUAAUCUGCUUCAAUCACAGAAAUAUGUAAAACAAUAUGAUUAAUAUAACUGUACAUCUAUCCUGAAUUGAAUUACAGAUCUUCUGUUGGAGUAGUAUUUUAGUUUGAUUGUGAACUGUCCUGUGAAGCAGUAGUGAAAUAGAUGAAUGUAUUAGACAUACCUCAUUUAUUGCAGUUUUAGUUUAUAUUGGAUAAAUUACAUGUACUGAAUGAUCAGUUAGAUUACUGAAAUGUGGAGAGUUUAAAGUUGUAUGAUACAAGGGAGGUCAAUUUGAUAAAUCUGGUAAAGCAAGUUUUGACAUGGAGAUCAUUUGUAACAUUGUUAAGUAUGGUACUCUUAAAAUCAUCUUCCACAUAUAUAUUUAUACACUGAAAAGUACCAAUUAGCACAUCCACUUGGAAAAUGGCUUGAAAAAUAUUAGGGGUACUUCUAACAGUACUAGCCUCAAAAGUUAAUGGCAAAACCAAGAGUACUGGAAAUACUAUCUAGCAGAGUUUUCUUUCUAUUAGUACUUUUUUUUAGAGGCAUAGCCAGAAAUAUUAGAGCCAUUUUCUUGGUGGUUACAGUAAUCAGUAUUUUACUAAUACUGCAUGGAAUACAGUCUUAAAGUCCCAAAGUAGUGGCAGUACUUCCCAACUCUGCAAUAGACUGAUACUUAUGUAUGUAAAUCUUAGGUAAUAGAAAAACAAAAAAAUGAUUAGAAAUGUAAAUUAGAAUUGUAGAGGGUAUUACCACACUUUUUACUCAUUUUAGUAUGAAUUUUUGUUAUUUUUGAUUAACUUUUCUAUCUAUUGUAAUCUGUUAAGAUCAAACAAAAUUAGGCCCAGUAUAUGAUUUUGUUCAAUGUAAUAUUACUAGGGAAAUAUUUGAAUGUAAACUUAGAAGCUUCUGAAUAAAUGGCAUGAGGACAUAGAUGCUCACAAUGUCUGCCUUCCCAUUUGGAAAACAUCCUGUUGAGGAUAUGUGGUUUAUCGUGUAGCUGCUUGCUAUAGUAAAUAAGGAUUGCAGAAAGUAUGAAUGGGGCAGGUACUGUUUGUUAUGAGAAUGAUACUCAUUGAAAAAGUAAAUCUGUUGUAAUGAGAACCAAUGUUGAUGGUACUUUCUACAUGAAAAGUCAGAUGUUAAAACAAAUAAAGUAUGUUGUAAUAACUAAAAGAUGAUUUUAAUUCUGAUAUGACAGAUUAUUACUAUUAGCAAUUAUACAUAUUAACCUCUUAUAUUAUUUUCAGUCAAUGACUUUCUGUCCAAGGUAGUGAUAAAAACAUAAUUACUACAGCAGAAUCAGAACAUUGCCAACUAUGCCAUUAAGUAUUCACAUAUGUUUGUCUCACCCACUGUUGGUAAGUUGGUCUCUAUAGGGUUUACCAAGGAUUGGUUGUCCAUUUUACAAAUGACUGUUCAUUUUUAUAUAUUCAAUAUGAUAUAAUAAUUGUCUUAACUAAAUUCAAAUUUGUUUUUUAUUAUAUGACAGAUUAGCAUGUCAUAUUUGGGUGCAAAUAUUAAGUCUACUUAGUAGGCAGACUAGACAUGACAUGAUAUGAUUAUAUCAUAAUUAAAAUAUAUUAACAGUGAACAAUGCCAUACAAGUUUCCCAUGGGUUUGACCAGUCCUAAGUGAAUGCAUAUAUAAAUAUAUGAACAUAUAUUUUCUGGUGUAUUAAUCUCAGACAAUAAACA